UAACAGCUGCAACGCAUUUAUACACAUGUGCAAACUUUGCCCAUGUACGACACUCCCCAAACCUGCGCGGCUCAACUCCAUCGACCUUUUCCCAGCUCAGCUGAAGAGGCAAACCCCAUUCAGUCGUGAUUUUGCAAAGCUUCGGAGUACACAAGGAUCUUUCUCGGUCCAACAACUUUUACCCUAAGCUGGAACUCACCGUAGAAAAUGUCUGCUUCGGUCGUGUCAUCCAUAUAUGAUUUCGACAGGGAAAAACUCCCAAAUUCAAAUGCAAUCUAUUUCCACGAUAUGCUGGAAAAGAGGAAUGUCGGAGUCCCGUUUGCCGCCUCGAAUACCAACAACAGAUCUUUCGGUUAUUUCAGGAGUAACUCAACAAACCACAUGGACUUCAACAUGAGCAACAGACUCACAGUCGGUUUUGAGAACUCGACGUCUGCCUUCAUGAAUAAAGAAAACAAACCUCGUGACCGCGCGUUCAGUGAGACGGGAGAACGCAGUCAACAACUUCAGGAACUCCUUCAGCAAAAAGCCGGCUCGCAGAUCAACUCGACCCGAUACAAAACCGAGCUCUGCAGACCUUUCGAGGAAAACGGGUCGUGCAAGUAAGGAGAGAAGUGUCAGUUCGCUCACGGCUAUCACGAACUGAGAAACCUGUCCCGCCACCCGAAGUACAAGACCGAGCCGUGCCGCACAUUCCACACUAUCGGUUUCUGCCCGUACGGCCCACGUUGCCACUUCAUUCAUAACGCGGACGAGCGCAGAGCCGCCACGAGUAACCCUCAGCCGAGACUUAACCGGGAGAUCGGUGUGUUGGGAGAUAAAGAGACAACCCUGUUUCUGACACAAAGGGAGAGACCGAAGCUGCACCACAGCCUGAGCUUUUCUGGAUUCUCGAGCACCCGCGGCACAGAGUCGACUUUGAUUGACUGUCCGAUUUCCCGCACGCCGCCGCCGCCCACCUGCGCACUCGGCUUCUACGAGGACGCGCUCACUCCGAAUUCACCCUGUCUGAACGCGUUCACUUUCCCCGAGCAGGAUCUUAAAGCGUUUCUCGCGCCCAUUAUCCCUCAGACUCAAAGCGCGUUUACGCAGCAGGCCGGCGGUGUCUUGUACGGCAACAUCCAGACCAAUGGUUGCCCUCCGUCACCUCCUUUCAGAAUGAGCCACCUGCCCUCCAUGCAUCGUCUCUCCGAGUCUCCCGUGUUCGAUUCCCCUCCGAGCCCACCGGAAUCCCUCUCGGACCCCGAGGGAUACCUGAGCGGCUCAUGCUGUUCCUCUGGCACAAUCAGCGGCUCGGAGUCGCCCAGCAUGGACGCAAAUAGACGUUUGCCAAUCUUCAGCAGGCUGUCGAUUUCAGACGAUUAAUUUGCUAUUAUUCUUAUAGCCUUUUAUCCCAGUAGUGCCAACGUGUGUUUCAGGUCAACUGAUUGUUAGCUGUUUGUUUGUUCCAAGUGUUUCUCACGAUUGAGAUCUAAUAUUUUCUUUAUUCGUACAAUGAUAAACUAAGAUAUUGGCUUUUAUAGGCCUUUUUCUAGACCUUUAAAGUGUCUUGGAAAACAUUCCUAAAGUGCCACGCAGUGGUGUAAGAGAGCACAAGCACUGGUUGUGGAUGGAUUGUGGGGACCCAUAGUUUGACAAUGGAAUGUCAGUGCAUAUGUUUCUUUUUUUAAACUGAGUGGUAUCAUUGCAUUUUUGCAUCAUGGUUUGAAAUCUAUUUAACUUAUUUAUUGUCAUGUGAAACUAUAGCCUUGGGGGAUAUUUUGAGUCCAUAUGCUAUUUAUCAAGUCUAAAGCAAUACAUUUAUAUUCCUGUUUAAAUUUGCGAUCUCCAAUAUUAAUCUGGAAACGGUUGGGUUUGUUUCACGAUAAUAUAUUUUUGUUAACUCGUUUAUUUUACUGUAAAUAGGUAAAUAAUUUAAGAAAUUGUAUGCUAUUUAUUUCAAUUUUGUUUACUUUGUAUAUAUUAAAAAGUGGGAGUGCCUGAUGAGGUCACGCUGUGAUUUCUUGUUUGGGAGGGGGAUGAUAGAGGAUCAAUGGGCAUUUGUAGAAUGUAGCCUGUCUUAAGGUCUUCGACCGUAAAGAACUAACUGACUUCACAGUAUGACUUGGUUUUGUUGUUUUUAAACUAGCAAUGAUAAAGACAACCAAAAAGUCAAUUUGCACACAGUUAUGUAAUGUUUGCAGUCUAGUGUCAGAGAAUGUAGCACUCUCUUAUCUUGAGGUUAAUAACUAGCUAAUACAUAACUGCUGGGGUCAAAGAUCCUGCAUAGUUUAACCUAAUAAAGCAGUUGCUUUGGUAUAUAGCUAAAGCGAAUCGAAUGUAGCUUAUAGAUCAAGAUGCCUUUUAAUGGUGACAAAAAUGCUGUCUAUUUUUAGACCAUUUGUUCACACCAUUCCUAAUGAAAAAUACUCUUGCUACUGUUCCUCUCAAAAUGUGCAAGCCGGGGACAUUAGGUUUAGUCGGUUCAUAACCAUACAGUUUUAGAUGAAGUUAUCAAACAACAUUGAAUGUAAUGAGAAAAGUCAGCUGGGUUUUUUGGGUGCUGCGCAUACAAAGAGUGCAGAGUAAAUUUGUACUGUAUGUUUCUAAUAUUUCCCUUAAUAAAGGCAUUUUUGAACAA